UUUUUAUUUGUAAAGAUAUAUUGAUAGGAAAUUUUAAAUUUCAAUUUUAAACACAAUUUUUGUCUAUAAAUAGCCACACAUUUUGUGAUAGACAUUCAUAGUAGCCGUUGAUACCAAUAGUUUUAGAUUAUUAUAAAUAUAUUGGAUUUAUUAAAAAAGUUUUUUAUCCACUAAUAAUUUAUUCUAAUAUUGUAUGAAUUGACAAAAACAUUUAAAAAUGUUUAUUUUGUUAGUUUGGUUUAAAUUAUUUUUGGUGUUAUUUUCAGUUGACGUAACAUACGGUGCCCGUAGUGCUGCUGGUCCUCAGUGUACAGAAGUGCACCGAUUGAAAGCCAACAGAUGUGCCGAACAGUUGUUUUUUGUCGGUAGAAAUUCGCGUCAAAUUCCCGAAACGGAAGUCCAACUCCAGAAGCACUGUACAGAAACCGGACCAUUGAUGCGAUGUGUGACCGAUUUCAGCAACCGGUGUCGUCAGGGUCUUCAUCGGACAAUGUCUACUGUAAUGGUGGCGACCGUCAAGUUUAACAAUAAAAACUAUUGUAUGAUGACUGAGAAGAGUCAGGAACUGAUGGCAAUGGCUACCUGUAGUAAUGUUAUCAAAUCAGAGACCAACCAGUGUUUGGAUGUCUUUCUCCUGGCUCUCGGUCGCGCCAAUCACGCCCAUCGACGACAUAGGAUACCACACGGUUGUUGUGCCUACUAUCAAAUGAAAACAUGUGUAUUGAAUGAGGCGGCCAAACACAACAUACCAGGCGGCCGGUGUACUGGUCAUCGGGUCGAGUAUGUGGAACGGUAUAUGAAUUCAAUGGCUGGCAAUACACUGAAUCUGAUGUGCGGCGACUACGACGAGGACUCGGAUAGAUGUCAAAAGUUGUCUCCAUUGCCUACCGAUGCCGACAUUGAACCGGCAGAGUCUAUAUUUGCCGGAUUUGGCAAACUUAUUGGCCACUAAUAUAGAGGAAUAACAUUUUUACAAUGAUAACGGAACUAUUCAGUAGCGCUGACUUUAAGAUAUUUUUUGUUUUUAAAAUAUUUUUUUCAUAUUGUGUAUUAAUACAAGUAUUUAUUUAUUUUUUUAAACAAUCAUUUUAUGAGAAGUAUUUUUAUUAUUUCAGUCUACGACUAUUUAUUUGACAUGUAUUUAUAAUUUUGUGUACAU